GAGUGCCACCCGGAGGAUAUCGGAAAACCGGAAGGGAUGAGAAACCGGCAUGAAAAUUUUUACCGAGGAGAAAACAAGGAGAAACGACAAACGCCAUUCUAUUCUAAUGCAUGAUUUGGAUGCCUUCCUUCUCCCCUUUGCCCUUGCUCUUGUUCUUCUUCUUCUUUAUUGUUGCUCUGCCGCUGCCUCGCACUAUUCGUCUCUGCAACAGUCGUCGGGAUGCUGUUGAUUUGGUUGUAUCGGCUUGUUUUUUCUGAAUAAGUUAUGGUAUUGUGGUUGUGGAGCUGGGGAGGGCGGCGGGAUGGCGGUUUGCAGUGUGAGGAUGAGAUGAAAACUGUAUAUGUGGAAUGAAUGGGGGGAGAGGUGGAAAGGUGGGAGUUUUGGGGUUUGAGGUUUGGGGUUUGUUAUUGAGCAGAUUUUUCGGCUCAGGCGGCGGUUUAAUUUUGGUACGGAAAGCGCGGUGGAGGGGAGCGUGUGCAUGUUGUGUCUCGGAGUAAAUCUAGCAGGCGGCGGAUUUGGAUUUGGCCUUGGAGUCGAGUGUGGUCGAUGAUGAGGAGUAUGAUGCUCCAGGCGGCGGAUUGUUGAGGUUAUUUGAGUAGGAAAGAGAUGAAAUGAGAGAAUUUGUGGAGGCUUUGUGAAGAUUUGAGGUGUUUGUUAUGCUCCAGGCGGUGGAUGAUUGAGGUUAUUUGAAGAGGAAAGGAAAGGGAUGUUUGUGAGAGGAAAUGAGAGAAUUUGUGGUGGCUUUGUGAAGAUUUGAGGUGUUAUUGUUGUUGUGCUCGAGGCGGCGGAUGAUUGAGGUUAUUUGAAGAGAGACGAAAUGAGAGAAUUAGUGGUAGCUUUGUGAAGAUUUGAGGUGUUUGUUAUGCUCUAGGCGGUGGAUUGUUGAGGUUAUUUGAGUCGGAAAGGAUGAAAUAAGAGAAGCUGUGGUGGCUUUGUGAAGAUUUGAGGUGUUAUUGUUAUGCUCGAGGCGGUGGAUUGUUGAGGUUGUUUGAGUCGGGAAAGGAUGAAAUGAGAGAAUUUGCGGUGGCUUUGAGAAGAUUUGAGGUGUUAUUGUUAUGCAUUUGAAGCAUGCACGAUGGAUUCUGGCAAUUUUAGUUGAGAUAUUGCUUCAGGUUUUCUUUAAUGGAAUUAAUGGGGUUACAUAGCCCCUAAGAAGAUUGUGGUGUGUUGAGUAGGCGUUUAGGUGUAGCAGAAGUGUAAAGGUUGUAGUAGGAGGAGAUCCAUUUGUCAAAGUAAGGUGUUCUUAGGGUAUAGAUCGUAGCGGAUUGGAAAUAUUUAUGUAAAGGGAAGAUCAAACUCGUUUCUUUUUGUUGUAGCAGUGAAAUAUUUAUGUGAAGGGAAGAUCAAGUUCGUUUCUUUCUUUCUUUUGUUGUAGCAGUGAGUGUUUCUGGAUCUGAGUGUCGGUUUGGGAGAGAAAUAUGUCUAAUUUGACAUCGGCGUCGGGAGAGGCAAGCAUCUCCUCUGAUACUAGAGGAGAUGUAAAUAAUAUGGCGGUGCAGCCAGCAGCGAACAACAGUAGCAACGCUACUACUGUUUCCGCCCAGAAAAGAAAGCGGAGCCUUCCUGGCACUCCAGACCCUGAUGCGGAAGUAAUAGCGCUGUCUCCAAGGACUCUGAUGACCACGAACCGAUUCAUCUGUGAAAUCUGCAACAAGGGUUUCCAGAGAGAUCAGAACUUGCAGCUGCACAGGCGAGGGCAUAACUUGCCGUGGAAAUUGAAGCAAAGGAGCAGCAAGGAAAUCAGGAAGAGAGUUUACAUAUGCCCGGAGGAGAGCUGCGUCCAUCACGAUCCGGCGAGGGCUCUGGGAGACCUCACAGGCGUGAAGAAGCACUUCUGUAGAAAGCAUGGCGAGAAGAAAUGGAAGUGCGAUAAGUGUUCCAAGCGCUAUGCCGUUCAGUCCGAUUGGAAGGCUCAUUCCAAGACUUGCGGCACGCGCGAGUACAGAUGCGACUGCGGAACGCUCUUCUCCAGGAGGGACAGCUUUAUCACUCACCGAGCAUUCUGCGAUGCCUUGGCUGAAGAGAGCGCAAGAAUGUCGGCGGGAAUAACCGUAGCCGACGGUCAUGUGCCCGAAAGCAAUCUCCUGGGCGGAGCGGCUGGUCACAUGUCUGUAAUAAGAGGCGCUGCGGCUGCUGCAGCUACCGCUUCUUCUUCCCCCUCUUUGCAGCACCAAUUCUCCUUCCCCAUGAGACCCUCCUCUCGUAUACCAGAGACCAAUUUGCUGAAUCCCAGAUGGGACGCAACUUCCAGGUCUGGUCUAUCCCUCUGGGUCGGCCAAGCCCCCGAAAACUCCCACCACAUGACCGGGGGCCAUCAAUUCGGUUCAAUGGACGUGAAUCCUUUUGCACCGUCACCGAAAAACAUGCAAAGUAUGCUUGGCCUGUCAGACUAUGAUGAUUCUCCGGCGGGCAAAGCCGGUAACUUAUCAGCCCUCCUGCCAAAUCCUGCUGCUCUUUAUUCAAACAUUUUCUCCAAUACCGCCGAUCAUUUCGGGGUGGCAAAUUGGGCAGAUCGAUCCGGAUCCGCUCAGGCUCAGCCUCAGGCUCAGUCAGCCGCACGCCUUUCUCUAUCAACUUCUGCUACUUUGACGACCUCCACUUCUAAUAAUGUAAACACCGACAAUAGCAGCCUAUACAGUAGCACUAAUGAAAAUAACAGCGCGCAGCAGAAUCCUUACAUGUCGGCCACAGCUUUGCUCCAGAAAGCCGCACAGAUGGGUGCAACCGCCGGGAACCCGCCAAUGUUUUCAGCAUUCGGCAUGGCCGGCUCAGACACAGGAUCUCAUCAUGUAGGACUGGGUUUGUCCUGGCCAGACUCUGCAAAUCAACACCGAAUGGUUUCAGGACUCGACCACCACGGUUCGAAUCCCUUCAUGACUUCUCCUCAACCUAUCAACUUCAGACCCUCAGAACAGCAAGCCGGGCUUCAGGAUUUGAUGAACUCCCUCUCUGCAGGAGGCGCGGGCGGUGGUGCUUAUUUUGUAGGUAGUGCUCUUAACGGCCUUCCGUUCGGGGGAGAUUCCACUACGAGUUAUGGGGCGGCUGGCACGAGAAUAAUGAGUGAUAACAACCAGCCAUCUGUACGACAGUCUCCAUUGGGCGCGCGAAACCAAGCUCAACAGAUGAUGCAGAGAAGAUUGAGUGCUGGUCAUGGUGUUUUAGGCGCGGGAAAUCUUAAAGACGGCGGAGACGGAUUAACCAGGGAUUUUCUUGGCGUGGGUGGACCUGCAGAAGAGCUCGGAAGGACUCUUAAUAUUGCUUCUCUCAGUUCAGGGAUUGAUUUAGUCCCUUACAAGAGGGAAAAUUCACUUUCUCACACAGUGGGCACUGCAAAUACUGGCUUUUCUCCUCCAAAAUCAUGGGACGCCUCCUGAUUGCUGAACCAACGCUUUCCAAAGGAAAUUUGCUCAAGCAGAACCAAUUUUGGUAGCGCUGGCGCUCCGACGGGGAUAACUCCGAUGAAGAAGAAUUAUAAUAUGGUAAGUAAAACAACAUCUGUUGGCCAAUGUUAUUCACCAUUGGUAUCUCAAUUCUAGUAAGUUGUUAAGAAACCACAAAAAAACAAGCAAAAAACCUUCCUUAUAUAUUUCUCUAGUUGUAAAUUAGCACUCGGUAUGAGAAGCAAACAGCUUAGAGUUGGAAAAUUCAUUUUUGUCUGAAUCAUAUCAUGUAAACUCAUUGCUAUUUUUCUAAGUUAAUAUUUUGCACGUACCUACUAA